AGAGAGAGGAGAGAAGUGAAGUGUAGUGAAGUGAAGUUAUAACCAACGUGUUUUUUUGAGACAGAACAGGAAGCGACGUGAAUUUGGGGAAAGGAAUAUUUGUGUUUUAUGAUCAGGGAACUUUAGAGGGUGGAGGUUUCCACUAUGGUGGGGAACGAGAACAGGUUGCUUCAGACACUGGAGGAAACUCAUGAUGAUUUAGCACGAAAGCAGUAGUAGUAGUAGUAGAAGAAGAAGAAGAAGCAGCAACAGCAGUAACAGCAGAAGAAGAAGAAGAAGAAGAAGCAGGGGGCUCGUAAACAUGUUAGAAUAAUGAACUAACCUUCUUUGUUUAUUCUCAGGAAACGUGAUCGACGUUUAUUUUCAUUUUUUUGCUCUCCUGUUAAGAAUUCCAAGCCGUGAGUGCCUUGAGCGGUGGUCGUAAGGGAAAAGGGAAAACACACACACACACACACACACACACACACACACACACACACAGAGCUAGCUUGCUAGCUAACAUGGAGGAAGAGGUGCAUAUACACCCCAGCAUCACCUUAUGUAAUCCCGAAGGCGAAUCGCGCUCGUCUCGGUUCUGGAAAGCGGUCUAGACGCACACACGUGGACCUGGGUCUGAUCUCUUUUUUGGGGGGGCGGGGGAGGGGGGUCGAAUCCAAUCCAAAAGCGAACCAAACAUGGAUCCCAACCCUCUCAUCAGUGCCAUGGACCCGUCCAUUACGCUGUGGCAGUUUCUUCUGCACCUCCUGGAUGAUCAGAAUCAGCGGCACCUGAUCUCCUGGACGUCCAACGACGGCGAGUUCAAGCUGCUGGAUGCAGAGGAGGUGGCGCGUCUCUGGGGGCUUCGCAAAAACAAAACCAACAUGAACUACGAUAAGCUGAGCCGCGCGCUACGCUACUACUACGACAAGAACAUAAUAAAGAAAGUCAGUGGUCAGAAGUUCGUCUACAAGUUUGUGACCUUUCCUGAUCCUAACUCGGCUGACGGCCUCAAAAGCCCAGAGGACGCCCAAAAGCUCAUCAGCGGAGAGAAAGCGGAGGCGUCUGUCCAAUCUAAAGCCUCGGGGUGCUCGAGCGUCACAGCUGCCUCCCUGUCGAAGAGCCUGCUGCCUCAGCGCUCGUCUCCCAGCUCAGUGCAGCGCAGCUCCCGUAACGACUACAUGAAGUCUGGGCUUUACUCCACCUUCACCAUCCAGUCCCUGCAGACGCCCUGCAAGAGCUCCAGCAAAGCUGUGAAAACUGAGCUGCCUGUGGAGAACACGCCCAAACCGAGCAGCACUGAGCGCCCAAUGCAAGAGGUGCUGGUGUGUCAAACAGAAUCUCAGCAGGCUGCGAUGGUCAGUCCGUCUACAGCGGACAGCAGCGGGCUCCAGGUGAUAGUGACACAACCCUCCCCCUGCACCACUCCUGCCCUCAGCCCACAGACGCCCCCUGCCCCUGCUUCUGCCCCUACGAACGGGCAGCCUCAGAAGACCCAGGGACUCAGCGAUCCCCCUCAGAUCUACCUGACGAGCAUGUCGGACCCCAGCUCUCUGACUUCACUGAUCCAGGUAGCCGGGAGCGACUGUGUGGUCAGCUCUCAGCAGGGUCACCCCGUCUUCGUGGUCAUAAAGCCACCGCAAGUUGGCGAGCCCAAAGACGUGAACAUCGCCUCCGGAGAAGAUCUGCUGGACAUCGUGGACCUCGACGUCAAACCCGAAUCUGAGACGGUCCCUGUGUCCACUCCGGAGGUUCCGGUGAACGUCGAUGCUUCUCCAGCUUCCUGCCCAGAGCCUGUUUUGUUAGAAUCGGACCAGAAUGAUGAGUCUCAAAAUCCAGGGGAGGACGCAAGCACCGCCGCGUCGCCGCAGCCCGCCUCCGCACAGGAAGUGCAGCCACCCAAAUCCAAGAAACCUCGCGUGCUGGAGCUUCCCUCGUCCCCUGUGGCGCUCCCCCCAGGCCUGUCUCUGGAUAAAGUCAGCGCUGCGGUCAACAGCCUGCUGGCCUCAGCCAGCACCACCAACACCCUCACACCCACCGUCAUCACCUCUCACGCCCUGACUCCGGUGUUGUUGACGCCGAGUCCCCUCCCAUCCACCAUUCACUUCUGGAGCACGCUGAGUCCUAUCGCCCCUCGCAGUCCUGCCAAGCUCUCCUUCCAGUUCCCCACUAACGGGAGUAAUCAGAUCCACAUCCCUGCACUGAGUGUAGACGGCUUGUCCACGCCCGUCGUCCUGUCCCCAGGUCCUCAGAAGCCGUAGACGUCCAUCAACACACCAAUUAAACCACCCCUCCCCCACCAUCGCUGGCCCUGGAGACGACACGUAACACACAGCCGUCUCCUGAUUGGUGGUCUACUCAGCAUCCGGUCCAAUGGCGGACAAGCGGGAUUCUCAGGCCAGCCGUGUGAUUGGCUGAAAACAGGAACGUCGUCUCACUUUCCUCGGACUACAAGGUGCCAAGUGUCGCUCACGUUCAUAAACGUAUCCUUACCAUCAUUUCCUGAACAGUAUUUAUUUUUUGACAGAUAUUUUUUCUGCCCUCUUUUUUCCCCUCAAGUUCAGAACAUACCCCUUUUUUUGGGUUUUUUUUUUUUUUUCACCUGUUGCUUGAGGACGAAACCGUUCACGGUUCUUUAGACUUUGUUUCUUCUUUUGUUAAUACAGACGUGAAGCUGAAUUAUAUCACAAGACAGCCAGGGGGCAGUAAAAACACACUUUCUGAACUUUGAUUUUUUUUUUUUUUUUUUUAAGAAUAAAA